GAUUCUGAAACGAAUGGAGUUGUUAAUUUCUGUUCCUCAGGAGUAUCGCUCGUCGGCAGCUAAGAAUGGAAUAGACUCGGGGCAAGAGGCGAGCAUAUGUCGGCACUGAUCAGAUCAGUACUAGCAGUUGAAUAGAUCGUGAGGAUACCGGGCAAAAUCCAUCCAGUCUUUCCACGCAUUCGUCGGCAAAAUCAUUGCACAACGUCGGUGCAAUAACACGGCAACUGCUCCAUUUUUUUACGUAUGCACCUCAAACCAGAGAUGUUUCCUUUGUAAUUACCAGAAUUCCCCCUCCUAACUUCCUUCCACACAAACCCCAACUCCACCCCCCUGACAUGCAGCAGAUGAUAGAAGAGGGUGAGCGGAAUAGUUUGUGAUGAAAGCGAUGUCAUAUUUAAAAAGUGUUUGACCCCUGGCAGGGAAUAGCUGCUAAGAGGCAAAGAUUUAGGGAAGUGGAUCGGGCUGAUUCGAGAGCAAGUACCUUUUCUGGCAGGAGUGAAGAGAAGCAUCCCACAGUUACAAGUGUGUGUGUGUGUGUGUGUGUCUGUGUGUGUGUGUGUGUGUGUGUGUGUCUGUGUGUGUGUGUGUGUGUGUGUGUGUGUGUGUGUGUGUGUGUGUGUGUGUGUGUGUGUGUGUGUGUGUGUGUCUGUGUGUGUCUGUGUGUGUGUGUGUGUGUGUGUGUGUGUCUGUGUGUGUGUGUGUGUGUGUGUGUGUGUUCACGGCUGCGAUCUCUCGCCAGGAUAAGGCAAUUGGCGACGGGACCGGGAAGAGACAUAAAGUAUGGCAUGCAAAGAUGGUUUCUGCCAGGCAGACGGUGAUCAGGAUGUACUCCAGUUACAUUUCCACGCUGUUAUACUUUAUCUGCGUGACAACGUGUAUACGAGAGAUCUCUGGAGAGGUCAAAAAGCAGGAGAAAUUGUUUCCAGAAAAUUUUACGCGGAUCCUUGAUAGACUCUUGGACGGGUAUGACAACAGACUGCGACCUGGAUUCGGCGGAGCUGUUACUGAAGUCAAAACAGAUAUCUACGUUACAAGCUUUGGGCCAGUGUCUGAUGUUGAAAUGGAGUAUACAAUGGACGUGUUUUUCCGCCAAACUUGGGUGGACAAUAGGCUCAAGUAUGACGGCCCCACUAAAAUACUUCGUCUUAACAACUUAAUGGUCACCAAAGUCUGGACGCCUGACACGUUCUUUAGGAACGGGAAAAAAUCAAUUUCGCACAAUAUGACCGCUCCAAACAAGCUGUUCCGAAUCAUGCAAAAUGGGACAAUUCUAUACACCAUGAGACUUACUAUUAAUGCAGAGUGUCCCAUGAAGCUGGUUGAUUUCCCAAUGGAUGGCCAUGCUUGUCCGCUUAAAUUUGGAAGUUAUGCAUAUCCUAAAAGUGAGAUGAUAUACACAUGGACGAAAGGACCUGACAAAUCAGUGGAGGUGCCCGAGGAGUCUUCUAGCUUGGUUCAGUAUGACCUUGUAGGACAAACAGUUACUAGUGGCACUAUUAAAUCCAUUACAGGAGAAUAUGUGGUGAUGACAGUCUACUUUCAUUUGAGAAGAAAAAUGGGUUAUUUUAUGAUCCAGACUUACAUACCCUGCAUUAUGACCGUCAUUCUCUCUCAAGUGUCUUUUUGGAUUAAUAAGGAAUCUGUUCCAGCGCGGACAGUUUUUGGUAUAACAACAGUUCUAACCAUGACAACGCUGAGCAUCAGUGCCCGACACUCUUUGCCAAAGGUUUCCUAUGCCACAGCCAUGGACUGGUUUAUUGCUGUUUGCUUUGCAUUUGUGUUCUCUGCUCUGAUUGAAUUUGCUGCCGUUAACUACUUCACUAAUGUACAAGCUGAAAAAGCCAAAAAAAGGGCAGCCAAGCCUCCUGCUACAUCUCCGCCUUCUCCAAUAAAGACAGUGUCAGUGUCAGAGAAUGUACUUCAGCACCCUGAUUCAAAUGGCAAUUUAAGGAAGAGAAUGAACUUUUUGGCACAAUCAGAUGCUCUGAUCAGUAAAAGAGAUUACCUGGGAAAUGAUAACAAGAAUGUGAAACCGAAACCGACUAUAAUUGGACAGGUACCCCCCUCGACUAUGGCACCUUCUUCGCCUGUGCCAAGUCCCAGUACACUUAGGCCCAUCCAUGCAUCCCCUACCAUACCUCCAAUGAGAAGCACUCCACCACCCCCACCUUGCACCCCAACCAUUGCAUCACUGAGGCCAACGCCUAUUCACCGUCAAUGUGGAGCAACACUUGAAAAGAGCCUGCCUGCAUCAAGACUAUUUGGAUCAGCCCCCAAGAAUUCUUCAUCCGCUUCUACCAUGGCCGCCCCAGCCCCGCCCCCAGCAACUCCCGCUGGUGUUGGAACCAGCAAAAUUGAUAAGUAUGCUCGAAUACUUUUUCCAGUAACAUUUGGUGCAUUUAACAUGGUCUACUGGGUGGUCUACCUCUCGAAAGACACCAUGGAGAAAGCAGAAAGUGAUUUGUAAUGUCAUUGCAGCGGAAAAAUGUUGUUAACUGUUAGAAAAGUUCGUAAUCCAUAAAAUAAUGCAGGGGUUUCAUUUAAGGUUUAUUUCUCUAAUGUAUGAAUAGCAAGGUUCUCAGCACUGUAUGAUUUUAAAUAAACAGUGCUCUCUCUUUCUCUCUCUCUAACACACACACACACACACACACACACACACAAUCUCUCUCUCUCUCUCUCUUUCUCGCCAUAACUUGCUUAACCGCUGUUUGUGUUGCUGCUAGUAUCCUCCUCCCUGGUAUAAAGAAAUAGGAGUUGUAUACUUAAAGAUGAUCAGCAAUAACAGUGAUAGAAGAAGUGUGAAGAAUAAAAGCAGAGACAAAUCUGUAUUUAAGAAAUUCCAGAAAUACACAGCUAGUUCACUGGUAUCUGAAGUAGAAAUGACAAAUUAAUAUUAUUAACAGGGACUGGACCCCUUCAUCCGAAAUGGGUUACUGAUUUCUGUUACUGUGUCUGGUCUUGAGUGAUCUAUAAAAGAGAGUUAAUAGUUUCUGCAGCUUCUGUUCAGUGUAUAUUAUACACAUUGUGUCUGUGAAACACACUGUUAAUGCCUGUUGGCCUCCUUUCUAUAUUGUCUACAAUAUAAAGAAGAGAAAUAAUUUACCUUUUAUGGUAUUUUUGUAACAAUCACCAUUUUCAAAUUAUAUUUUGUUUUAAGAUUUUUUUGAAGGAAAUUUUUAAGAAUGGGUAUGUUUCUAAUGGUCAGAAAAGUGCCUAUGAAUUUUCAAUGGAAAUGUAAUAGAGUUAAAGUAAGAUAUGGCCAGUGAUGAUGAACCAAUGUUCGCUAUAAGCGCCAGGUAAAAGACACAAGUUUCAAGCAAGUAACAAUUAACCAAUCUGGAAAUAGAUAAACAAAAAUAAUGAGACAAAUAUAUUUAUGGCUUAUCUAUAUGAUCUGAACCCCUUUGAUUUUAGGCUCCCCAAAAUGCCUUGUGAAUGAUAUACUGUAUAUUCAAAUAAUUACUUUGCACAACAUAUAUUUUUGCACAACUGAAUCCAUUCUUCUCUUUAUGGAUUUUGUAGAAUAAAAAAAGAAGGAAGGAGCAUGACAAUUAAAAAUCUGAUGCUAAAAAUCUGAAAUAAAAAUCAAGAAGUGUUUGAUAGAUUCAGCAGAUCAAGUAGCAUCUCUGCAGAAGCAGUCAAUCGUAAGGGUUAGCACUCUUUUUUAGAGCUGGGAAGAAGAAAUGCAAGGUAGCUUUCAGGGGAAGAGAGGGUGAAUGUGGGGGCAAUAUAUGUGAUAGGAUGAGUUAAAAUAGCAAUGCAUAAAGCAUGGAUUUUAAUUUGGAAAGCUGGAUAUGAAAGUAAUACAUUUCUAAAGAUAACUGAUGAUAUUUUGCAAAACCUUAAAAGCAAAACAAAACUUCUAGUUUUUAUGGUUAUUUUUUCAUGUUGUUUGUUUUCUCUGGUUCUGCAUCAAGUUUACUUUCCCAAGGUUAAAUUUUCCUGCAUUAAUUAAGUUUAAAAAAUAACCAUUUAUUUAAAAAAUAAAAGGUGUUUGUACUCUACAUUUAUUUUAAUAUUUCCUUUAAAGCUAUAAAAAUCAGAAAUAAAUGAACCUUAUCUUUUUCCUUGUGCCUUACAAUCCUUUAAGGAUCUGAGUCAUUUUGUCCUUUUUAUGAUAGCUGUCUACAAUGAAAACAGGUUCACUUUUCUUUACAACUUACUAAGUCCCAAAUCAUGCUUGUUUUCUAUCCAUACAAUGCCAAAUACCUGAAACUUCAUUCAUUCCUAAAAGUAGAUCUACCAGAAAAAACAUUUUGACAAGUAGUACAGUGAUGUUUAUUAAAUAAAACCUGUUGAUGUCAUCCAGAUAUUCUUGAUUGAUAAUCACAUCCAUAAUGUAACUUUCUAUUGGCAAUGUGAAUUGGAUGCACAUAUCUAAUAAUGAUGAAAGUGUGCUUGAGCUAAUCAAUGGCAUAUGCCUGCUUACACUAACAGCUUGGAGGGCAGGCCAUGCAAAUUUUUCUGACAGGAGAUCCACCUCCUCACUUCAAGUAGGCUGUUUGCAGAGCUAUUUUUAACAAACUUUUAUUCAAGCCGCAGUGUGUUUAGAGAUCUCUUUAAGCACAAUGAGGUGGAAAUUGAUUGUUGUUGCACUCAUUAAAUAUAAAUAAAAUAGGUGUUAUGAAGCUCAUUUCAGAGGAACAAGUGUCUGAAGCCUGUAGAACCCGGAAAAAAAAUUCCUCCAAUAUUUUUGGCUCUUUGUUUUGCCUUUUGCAAUCAGUCAGCUAAAAUAGGUGCUUGACUCAUUGCAUGUCUAAUUAAUUGGCCUUGCUUUAGGUCUUUCGUUGGAAUAAGUUUUAGGAAGUGAUUAGGCAUAUCCCACUCAAGAAUUUUUUAGUGGCUGUGGUGGAGUGAGAAAUGAUUGCCAAUGAAACACUGUGAAGUCUCUUUGGGGGGAUAAAUAUGCUGAAGAAGUUUAAGUCUUCUGUUCAAUGGAGUUCAGUGAAUCCCACUCUCGGUGCUCCCCCUCUGUGAUCUCUGCUGCCCUCCAACUCUUCAACCGUGUACUCACUCAGAUCCACCACCACUGAUCUUUCCCACCAAAGUGGCUUCACCUGCCACCUUCCAGAUAGCCUCUUUCCCUCCGCCCAUCUUUUUAUUCUGGCGUCUUCCCCCUUCCUUUUCAGUCCUGAAACGUUGACUGCUUAUUCAUUUUCAUAGAUGCUGCCUGACCUGCUGAGUUCCUACAGUUUUUUGCAUGUGGUAAUAUUUAUUCAUUGUAGUGCCAGCACAGUCUUCUGGUUUGAAGCUCAUUUCGACUUGACCGAGCAGUUUUUUGAAUUUAAUGAUAUAACCUAAUUUAUUUUUGUUUUGUUUCUCUCCUCACUAUAUCCUUCCCACUGAUGUUGCUUGCUGCAAUGACCUUCCAUUGUAACCUUACACCACAUUGUUAAUCUUAGUGUGAAAAUAGUUUGCUGCCUCUUCCUUCCUUAUCUACUGAUUUUAUCGUUCCUUUUCUCUUUCUCAUGAUGUGUUGACAUUUAGCCAGUUCACAGCUGCACGCGCAUCAGAUGUCAUUUGGUAGGUACCUGAAGUGAGAGCUGGAACAAAGAGUGUUUGAAUUUUCACAUUUCCUUUUAAUCCAUUCCUGUAUCAUGGAAGAGUUACAGAAUUCCAAGGAAGAUGGUGUCAACACAAGAGUUUUUCUGCUUUGAAUUUGUGGCAAAGGAAUAGUCAUUUUUUGGCAUUGAGUCCUUUCACUGCAAUAAUUGAUAGGUCUAUUAUUGUCAGUUCCAUUCUCAAUCUUAAAACAAUCUAGAGAAUCACCUUAAAAUCCAUUAUUUAACACUUUGAUACCUUGAGUUACCACCUUACUUGGUGUGGUACACUUUGUAGAUCCCAACCAUCAAGUGUUCAUCAACUUGAGACUAGAUAAUUGACCAUAUUUGAGCAUCCAUUUAUGUGACAUGUUUGAAAAUAUGAUCCAAGCUACAAAAGUGUAAGUCUGUGCCUUACUAUCUUUUUCUGGAUUGUUGGUGUUUUGUCCCUUGCCUUGUCCCGUUUGAUGUGAUAACUUCAACUCUGCUGUAGUACUAAAGCACUUGGAAUUGAUUUAUUUAUUCUGUGCUUCUUAGUCUUUGGAUUAAUCCUGCUUCCACCUUCUACAUUCAUCAUCAUCAAGUGCCAUAGCCCACACACUCCUGUUUCGGGUCAAGUGGAUCAAUUCAUUGGUAUUCAUUUCCAUUUCUCUGGUUGCUGUCUCCAUCAUCAUUUGUCUUUGCCUUCCUUCUGCUUUCUUCCCUUCAAUCUUUCCCUUAAUUACCGUGCACUCUAACUCCUCUUUCCUAAUCACAUGUCCAAUGAAGUUAUGUUGCCUUUUCAUGAUCUCAUACAUUAUUUCUCUUUUUGUGCUUGCUCUGUUCAUUAAAUCCUCGUUAGAUAUUUGUUUCAUCCAUGAUAUUCUUUGCAUCCUCCUCAAAAACCACAUCCUUCUACAUUAUGUAUUCUUUCGUUAACCAUUGCAUUAAGACUUGGCAAUGAUGACAUUUCCUCAGCUAAUAUCUAUUUAAACAGAUAUUUCAGACGUUUUAGUUUCAUCUCCAACUAAUUGCAUUUUGAAGCCUACUCAUGACUUUAGCUUAUUACAAUAAAUUGAACUAUUUUCACACAUUGUAUCUGAUCUUGUUGAUUAUUUCUAUAUUAUUAUUGUUGCAUUUCUUUUUCUUUAAUGCUGUUGAUUUGUCAUUUUUUUGCUCAUCAAUAAUUUUUUAAAGACGUUUCCUCUCACCAUCAUCCCUCAUUUGAACAUUUAAAAAAUCUAUCAGGCUAUCUAACAUUAUUUAAGAUGUCUGACAUAGUUUUUAAAAUCUCAGUAUAUUUUCAGUAAACAUGAUUUGUGUCAAACCAAAGAGUGCAGCUACUGAAAUAAAUGCUAAACUUAAAGAUAAAAUUUAACAGUAAGUUCCAAUUUCACUUACACGUUACUUUUGCAUUGUCUCUAUAUAAAUAGGUAAAUGCAGUCAUAGUGUUGGUACUUUAGGACAAAGAGAUGCAAUAUGUUCUGACUAAUACUCUUUGAGAAGAUGAACAUUGCUAAACAAUUGUGGAAUACCUUAAAUUAUUAAAAAGCACUAAUCAUUCAACUUUGAGAGAGCUAAAGGAAAAGCAAAGAUAUUUUAAGUUUAUUAGGUCACUUUGUACAGUGGAUAUGCAUUGAUAUUUUGUUAACAGCCUACUAUAUCAAUACCGGCAUAUGUUUGGUUUCUGCUCGAAUUAUUAGGUACUGCAAAAAAGGGAAAGUAACUGAAAGAAUAAUGGAACAUAAUCUUGAAUGUGCUUAUCUACACUUUGACAGAAUUCAAGAUUACAAACAUUAGGUUGAGGAUCUGUGAGAAGAUAAAGAAGUCUAAAGCCAUGUCUGUAUUUCAAUGAAACAUCCAAUUCUAGCUUAUGUAUUGUAUGUCCCCUGACGAAUGCAUAGCUAUGUUGCAAAGUGAAGUUCAGUACUAAAUUAGGUUGUGCUAUUGAUUGAUGUUUUGUGUACAUGUGAUAUUUGAUUGUACAUACAAUAUAUAGAUAUUUUAAAUAAAUACAUUAUAACAUAAAUAUAUAUGUAACAU